AAAAAAAAUAUAAAUAUAAAACAUAUAAAUAUAUAUAUAUAUAUAUAUAUAUAUAUAUAUCUAUAAAAGCUAUCUGUAGUUGAUAAGAUAUUAAGACAGUUUGACUAGUGAUAGUGGCUCCACUUCUCCCUCCCUCCUUUUAUCCUUAUCUACAUUUUAUACAUUUUAUAUAUAUAUACGUUUUCUUUAUCAAUACAUUUUAUAUUCCUCUUUUACUUUCUUUACUUUUUCUUAUUAUGUCUUCAUCUCCUCCAUUUGGCUGGCAAAAACAAUCCAAUUCAAACAAGGAUGAUUCAAAAAAGAGCAUCCAAAUGCUCAUGGAGUCAUUUCUCAAGGAACACACAGCCUACGAUGUCUUGCCAGUAAGCUACCGUCUUGUCGUUUUCGAUACAUCUUUACUUGUCAAAAGAGCUUUGGCUGCUUUGAUGCAGAAUGGCAUUGUCUCGGCUCCCCUCUGGUCAAGCAAGACCCAGAAAUUUGCCGGAAUGUUGAUGGUUGCGGAUUUUAUCAAGCUUAUCCAGUACUACUACGCCCACGCCUCUGACCCGGACACCCUGCUCGAACUCGACACUCUUCAGAUCCAAGACCUGCGUGAUCCGGGACGGCACAACGGGACUCUUGCACCCCAGCAGCUCCUCUCAAUGCAUCCCAUGGCCAGUCUUCACGAGGCAUGUCGGCUGUUGGCCGAGAGUAGGGCUCAUAGGGUAGCUCUGUUGGACAGGGAUGAGAGUGCAUGCGGGACUGAGAUGAUCGUGAGUGUGAUUACUCAGUACAGGCUGCUUAAGUUCAUUGCUGUCAAUUUCAAGCAGACGGAUGCGUUAAAACAGUCUUUAGCUGAUCUCAAGAUUGGAACAUAUGGAAGUGAUGUCGCAACAGCUACCAUUGAUACUCCUGUGAUCGACAUCAUCAAUACCUUUGCUGAAAUGAAUAUCAGUGCUAUUCCAAUUGUGGAUGAGAACGGUGUUGUGUUGAAUGUAUAUGAAACUGUGGAUGUUAUGAGUAUAGCAAAGAGUGGACUUUACAACAAAUUGAAUAUUCCUGUUGGUGAAGUUAUAUCAUCACGACCUACGGACUACAUUGGUGUUCACACCUGUACUAUGGAAUCAACCAUUCACUCAAUCUUUAAUAUGAUCCGAAAACAACGUACUUAUCGCCUGGUUAUCAUUGACGAUGAAAGCAAACUUGUUGGAAUUGUCAGUCUAUCGGAUAUACUUGGGUACCUUGUAGGAUAUAAGCAAUAA